AUGAGAGCGUGUAACUCACCUGGUACUGGACUUUCUUUAGUUCCUCCGCAGUUCUACAUCUCCUCUGAAAAAUCGCCUAUCGUCUCGCUUCAUCUCAUAGUACAGGUAGCGAUGGAGGAUAGCCCGAUGCCGCCCACCAUUGACAAUCUCACAAGCGAUCUACAAACGUUAACGUUGGAAUCGAAGGAGAAAGAGAAGGAUACUGAGGACACACAAGAGCAACUGAAGCUCCCGGAUGACGUUCUGGUCGUGGACACGGAGCAAACAUUCCAAAUCGCCGUAUCUGAACUAAAGGAAUAUGCCACAUGGACUGUGGAUUGCGAAGGAUUCAAUCUGGGUAUAGAAGGCGGCGCGCUUUCUAUUCUGUCGUGUCGAGGCAUUCCCGGCUCGCCAGCUAAGACUCCCGUUUCCCUCCCCAAAACCUUCCUAUUCGACAUUGUCGUUCUUACACACCCGGAAACAGGUUUUUCGAUUCAACCACUCCUCGAACUUCUAGCCUCCUCAUCGAUUAGAAAAGUAUUUUGGGACGGACGGAUGGAUUUCUGUGCCAUUUAUUUCGGUCUCGGGACUGCGUUGAGUAACGUAGUAGAUCUUCAAGUAGUUGAGAUGCGGAGAAGAAUUAGCGAGGAGAAUGUUCAGAAACAGUUCCAAAGGUUGAUGCGAUUCUUCAAUCCCCGUCAUUUCCAGGAUCCUCGGAGGAGUAAGAAAUACAUUCACAUCCAUCUUCUGCAGGGUUUGGGAGGGUGCUUGUUGGAGAAUAAGGUGGGGACCAAAGCCUCGAAGGGGUCUGGUACGUUAACUUUGGAUGCAUUUGCGGCAUGUAGUAGAACCUAA